CACAACACUACGGAGUGCGGAGUGCGGCUUCACUCCUCAACAACGCGUACGCAGAGGCGCACGCGCCGCGUCCAAUCGUAAAGUUCGCAGUGUCGCAAUAACGUGGCCGCAAUUUGUUUGCCGCAACAGUCCACCCUCGCCACCGCUAUCAGUUAUUAACAGUGGAGUAGACGCUUCCCCGAAACCAAAGAGUUCAUAAAAGUACGCGGUGCCGGGUGCCGCAUUCCGCGCCGGUGUAUUCACGACGCGGAGUGUACUACUGUGUGUGUUAAGUUAAGAAGUGACUGGUUCAGUGUACUUGUGAACUAGUGCUUGCAUAGAAAGUUCCCGAUUAGUGAGUGAACCCUGUUGCGCCGAUCAGAAUGUAAAACGCUGCUUGAAAACAAAUACAGACGUGGAAAAUGGCUCGCGGAGCGCUUAGUGAAACUGAACGCCAUUCCUUGGUAGCCAGUGCCAAAAAUCAAUGCGAGAGAUCACAGGAGGCAGAGAAAUUGAACACAGAUAUAAAAGCCAAUGGGCUGAGAGUACGAUUCCUCGACGAGGAAGGAAAGACUGAGCGAACAGUGAGCGCAGAUGAGUUAGAUAGUUCAGUUUUACAUGUUAAAAAAGUACACAUACUUAAAAACAGAAGUUCGAGUGAAACGAGUAUUCUUCUGAGAAACUCAUCUCUCAUCAAGCGUAGAUCUGGUGUCGAACGUAGAUACAGCGGUGACAGUACAGAUAGUCUUAACAAUAACUCUCUCAAAGAAAAUCUGAAUGGCAGAUUCGGCGAGGAGAUGUUGGAUAAGUCUGCAGACACAACAGGUGUCACCAAAGAGAGUCAUUAUAAGAAGAACUGCAACGUGUACAGCGUCGAUCAAGCGAAAACUUUAACUCCAGAGCGAAAGAAAGUUCCUCUGACGAUUCCAAGGUUACUCAGUCACAAGGAGCACAUAAAGUCGAUUUUGCCAGCCGAGGUCUGCCUGGCGGACGUCGCCACUGGCAAGGAUUUCACCACCCGUGCCGUGAGCCGCCUGACGCGCGGCUUGGGCCGUCUGCUGAGGCGCACCAACAGUGUUCGCAUCAGCGAACCGGAUCCCGUCUACAAGGUGGCGUACCUCGGGAACGUCCUCACCGGCUGGGCUAGAGGUGAAGGCUGUAUCGAGAAGCCGCUGGCAACCCUGUGGCGCAAUUAUCAACAAUCCACCAAACCAGAUGUAAUAAUGAAACUCUCCGUCACUAAUUCGGGGUUAAAAGGCUUUACCAAAGAACACGGACUCACAGAAUACUGGUCCCACCGCAUCACCUACUGCAACAGUCCGCCGCAUUACGCUAAACUCUUUUGUUGGGUUUAUCGUCACGAAGGAAAGAAACUGAAACAUGAACUACGUUGCCACGCAGUUCUUUGCACCAAAGAAUCAAUAUCCAAGCAAAUUACUGAGGAGUUACAAGUUAAGUUAAAACAGGCCCUAGUCGAAUUCAAAAAAGAUAGAAUCUCCAAGCAAAAUGCCAGGCUUAGCCUCGCGAACAGCGUGUACGAUAAUCCGAGUAUGCCUCGCAGAAAGAUAAUGUUAAGUGUAGGUGCGUUAAACUAUAGGCCACCUUUAGAACGAUCUAAAUCAGCCCCGAAGCUGAGUGCUAUUGAAGAACUUUGUUCCGAAGAGGAUGAAGAAGAAGCCGAAAUGAAGACAAAUAAAGGAAGGGAUGACUAUCAUUUCGAUAUGUGCGACAUGCAAACACUCGAUAGACGGCGAUCAGAAAUAAAAUCACCCCGAAAAUUAUCUUGUCCAGAAAAUGUUAUCAAAAGAGUUGAGAAGGAAUCAAAAGAAUAUAUUGCCGCAACUACCGAUAAUAUCAUUAGCUUGCUAGUACAAGAGAGUAAGCUAAUAUCAGAAGCAGAAAUUGGUACUAGUCAUAUUGAUAAAAAUCACUUGGAUGCUGAAGUGAAGCCUUUAGAAUCGAUUGGUGAAACGGCUGGAUAUAAUGAUAGUACGCAAUGCAGUAAUAAGGAUAGUAACUACCUCGUCACUGACAGUGACGAUGGAUCUGUUUCUUCUGGGUGUGAGACAGCUAGCACAGUCACCUCAUCAGACGCUGAACCAUCAUCAUUACAAUUGCGGUUUCAUGAUGAUGCACACAAAGAAAUUGAUAGUGAUGAAGAACGAACAUCAUUUGAGUGUGUUCAAUCUUUUAACCAAUCCAAAUUGCGAGCAAGCAUCAGAAAUUCGAAUUCCAUCCAAGAUGUAUGCAAUGAGGAUAAUUUUCCAAGCAUGGAUCAUCCAAAUGAAAUCAAUCACAUACCAAUUGGAGAACGCAACGGUUUCAGACGACGAUCAACUUAUCCUCCGCUUAAAGUUGACCCAAGUUCUAUAUCAAAUUUAGAAGGAAAGUUUGAAUCUCUUAUCGAUAAUUUAACUGAUAUAGAAAGUUUAAACUCAAGCACUGAAGCAGACAUGUUUAAAACUGUCGGUGACAAUGACAGUGCGUGUAGUGAUGAAUCUGGAUAUUCUGAACUUCUUGAUGGAAAAGAUAGCAUUAUUGGCAAUACUAUAAUGGUGUAAUUUUUGAAUAUGAAGUAUUAUAAAUAAUAAAAGUUAGAAUAUCAUCGUAGUCAUCGUGUCCGUUGUAAUAAUAUAUAUAAUGUAAUAUAUAAUAUGUUUUUUGUAAAUAUUGAAUCAUAAGAUUUUAAUGUCAACACUAUGAGUGGUUGCAAGUGGAUAAGAGAUUUUAAUAAAAUGAAUUAAAUGAUUUACAAGAUUGAAGUAUGUAUAUUAAAGUUUUGUUAGAUGAUUGUAAUGUACAAAGUGUAUAAGAGGACUAUAUAGUAUUCUAUUCAAAGAAGAUUUAUUGCUAUUGUAAGAUCAUUAUAAUCGGCCUUUUACCGCGGUCUGUACGUACACAUUCCAUAUUUAUACAUUUAUAACUUGGAUCAUGUAUAGUCAAAUGUAGAAAAAAAUCAUUUAAUAAAUUUUGGAAAGUG